CCUCUCGACAACACAACAGCAUCAUUGGAUUCCUCUACAGGACGGAGCACCCUUUGUUUUGACUCCAUCACGGCAAGGCUAUCCUAUUUUAUAUCGUUUGGUACAUCUACCUCGGGCAUGUGGAGUGCUAGACGGCAAUUCUUGCCGGCGCGGUGGCUGAGGGCCCCCGGCCGAGCGUUCUCCUGUUCAUUCACCAGAGGACGGGCUAGCCCUCGCGGCCCUCGGAAUUCAAUACGAAGACCAGAACCCAUCAGGCGAGAAAAUAAACCCUCACAGCAAUCGGAACUAUCAAGUCCAGCGGCAACUGACACGAAUUCCCCGAAUCCAAACUACGAUCCCGCUCAGAAUACUCUACUCUCCCCUGUGCAUAUACCAGAAGAUCCUCAUGGCGUACUCAAGGAAACUCACCCCGCAGUAGGCAUAUUGACAAACUCUGGCCUAGUUGUACAACGGCAGUUGGAAAUCAUGAACGUGAUGAUUGGCUUUGAACAAGCUAAUAAGUAUGUUAUCAUGGAUGCGAACGGGAGCCAUAUCGGGUAUAUGGCUGAACAGGAAAGAGGGAUGGGCAACAUGAUGGCACGACAAUGGUUCCGAACGCAUAGGAGUUUUGUGACGCAUGUCUUUGACAGGCAUGAGAAUGAAGUAUUACGAUUUCACCGGCCAUUCUCAUGGAUCAACUCCCGUAUCCGCGUAUACGACCCUCUCGAUGUCACUAGAAGCGCCUACUCCUCUUCGACCGCCGUUCAAAGCAUUCAGUCGGGCUCACUCGCUCAGACCACUGGAAGCUCCAAUGCCCGGGUAUCACCACUAGGGUUCGAUGAUAUGCGUGUGAUCGGUGAGGCGCAGCAACAGUGGGCACCAUUACGGCGGAAGUAUAAUCUAUUCACCUACCACCACUCUCCGAGCCCCGCGACAGAUAUGGGUGUCGUAUCCCAGCCGCUUUCACAGUCCGGCCUUUCAAACACCCAGCAGAUGCAGCUAUCUCAAACGGUAGAGGGUGGUCAAGCUAUGGGCGAGUACAACCAGUUCGCCUACGUGAACGAGCCUUUCUUGUCAUGGGACUUUUCGCUUCGCACCGCCAAUAGUCAGCUCAUCGGGUCUGUUAAUCGUAACUUUGCCGGUUUCGCUCGCGAAAUUUUCACGGACACUGGUGUCUAUGCUCUACGAAUGGACUCAGUUGCCCUCAGCCCUGAACAAGCACCGGCGCAGAACAAUGCCACUACUGGUAUGACGCUUGAUCAACGUGCGGUCAUGUUGGCUACUGCGGUAAGCAUAGAUUUCGACUAUUUCAGUCGCCAUAGUGGCACCGGCGGAUUCGGCUUUAUGCCUAUCUGGAUCCCUAGUAUGGGCGGGGAGGCUGCGGCUGGUGGUGCCGCUGCCGGCGAAUCUGCAGCUGUGGGUGAGGCGGCCGCGGGAACUCUUGGUCGAGCUAGUGCAGCUGGGGGAAUAGCUGAAGGUGGAACUGCAGGCAUCGCUGGUGCAGGGGCAAUGGCCGGGUAUGAUGCAAUGUCUCGAGGUAUGACGGGGGGUAAUCAGUCGCAGUCUACUCCGUCAAAUCAACAACAACCGCCAGUAGACCCGCAGUCACCUACCUCCGGCCAAACAGGCCCCUAUGGGGAUGUUUGGGCAGAUGAACCACAAGAUCCUUGGGCCAAUAGCCAAGAGGCUCCAUGGGCGGCAGAAGAUCCCGACGAGGGAGAGGUUGAUGAUUACGAUUGGUUCUAAUCAUGCUCAGAAGGCGUUGAGUCAGGGGCGGAGAAACGGCUUACAUGUUUAUAGGAGUUACAAAUGAUAGGCGUUUCUUGUUGGAGAUAUAUAUAUAGACCUAUAUAUUAUAGUUAAAACAUA